AUGGUUUGUGAAUCUGGUGACUGCUCUGUGAAUAAACAGGUCGCUGAAAAGUUCCUUGACGGAAUUUCCCAUGAGCAGCAACAAGAUGUAGAACAAACGUCAAAAUUGCUAGCUAGUGCCCCACUUCCCAAAUUGAUCGCAGCUGGGUUGGCAAUUAACCAUCUACAGUUAGAUAACAUUAGAACUGGGAUCGGUUCGAAACUAUACUUGGAACUUUCUGCAGAUCCAGCCAUCACCAAGGAAUUGAACACUGGUUCCUUUAAAGUCGGUGAUAUAGUAUUGGUUCAACCUUCGGCAAAGGCAAAGAGUAAGAAGGAUGAAACGGUAAACUUGGAUGCCGUGGUAUCCAAAGUGUCCAACAACCAAAUCGUAUUGGCUGUGGAUGAAUCUAAAGACCAAGAUGCCGUACAAUUAUACUCGUUCAACAGGUUGUGUCUCUUGAAGACUACUAAUACCAUUACUUAUAAGAGAAUGCAAUCUACUAUGAGGAAGUUGGCAGAGUUCAAUUCAAUACCCGACAAUAUCUUGAUCCAAUACAUGUUGCACGAAAGAAAGUUCAUUAAAAAAGACCCUGAACAUAACGUGAAGUUCUACAACGAACAACUCAAUGAAUCUCAACGUGAUGCCAUCCAACAUUCGUUGUCAAAUGAAAUAUCUAUUAUCCAUGGCCCGCCAGGGACGGGAAAGACAUAUACCCUUGUAGAGUUGAUAAAACAGUUAUACGAUAGAGGGGAAAGGAUUUUGGUUUGUGGACCAUCAAAUAUUUCCGUUGAUACAAUCUUGGAACGACUUAGUAAAGUUGUUCCAGGUGAUGAAUUAUUAAGAAUUGGUCAUCCAUCUCGGCUACUACCACAAGUUUUGUCACAUUCCCUUGACGUAUUGUCUAAAAAGGGAGACUCGGGCAUGAUUUUAAAAGACAUUAUGAAAGAGAUUGAUGAUACCAUUGCUAGCGUUAAAAAGCUCAAAUCUUCAAGAGAUCGCAAGAAAGGGUGGCAGGAGGUCAAGGCAUUGAGAAAAGAAUUGAGGCAGAGAGAGAAAAGUGGGCUAAUUAAUAUAAUUUUAAAGAGCAAAAUUGUCGUUUGCACUUUACACGGUUCAAGUUCUCGAGAAUUGUUGAGUGCGUAUGAUCUACAAUCCAAAUUGUUCAAUACUUUGAUCAUUGAUGAAGUUUCACAAAGUUUAGAACCUCAGUGUUGGAUCCCUUUAAUCUCACAUUUAAAAUCAGAUAUGCAAAGACUCAUAAUAGCUGGAGACGACAAGCAGUUACCUCCAACGAUCAAAACUGAAGAUAAUGAUAAAGUAAAGCGCUUGUUGAGUACUACCGUGUUUGACAGAUUAUUGCAACAUUACGGCAACGAAUUUAAGUACUUGCUAAAUGUACAGUACAGAAUGAACGAAGAAAUUAUGCAGUUUUCUUCUAACGAAUUAUAUGACGGGAAAUUGAAAGCAGAUGACUCCGUUGCGAAACAACUGCUAGCAGAUUUACCAGGUGUUGAAUCGAACGACAACACUACUUUCCCAUGUAUUUGGUUAGAUACUGAGGGAGACGACUUUCCAGAAAGGUCUGAUGAAAAUGACAACGAUGCAGACGAUAAGUUCCACCUAGUCUCUUCAAAAUACAACGAAAAUGAAGCAUAUUUGGCAUUAUACCACGUUGAGCAGUUGAUAAAGGCUGGUGUUACGGAAGAAAGUAUUGGUGUGAUCUCCCCGUAUAAUUCACAAGUAUCGCUGUUGAAAAAACUCAUCCAUGAAAAGCAUCAAGCAAUUGAGAUAUCUACCGUAGACGGAUUUCAAGGUAGAGAAAAGGAGUGCAUCAUCCUAUCUUUAGUAAGAAGUAACGAGAAUUUCGAGGUUGGGUUCUUGAAAGAUGAAAGAAGAUUAAAUGUCGCGAUGACCAGACCUAAAAGGCAGCUUUGUGUCAUCGGUAACAUGGAAAUGUUAUCGAGAUGUCGAGUGCCAUUCCUAAAUAGAUGGGUGCUCUGGGUAGAGUCUGGCUUCGAAGUCAUAUAUCCAGAUCCCAGUAUAAUUCAUUCGUUAUAUACGUAG